AAAUUCAGACAGGGUUUGAAGUUCAGUAGUGUGCGUGAAAUCGACACUACUAGGCCUAUAUUUCUGUCCUCCUUUCUCUAGAUACACAAUUAAUAGCCUACGCUAGCUUUCUGACCAGUCUUUGAAAUUUGUCUUUCUCUGGAUACAAAAUUAAUAACCUACCUGACCAGCCUCUCAAUUUUGUUUCUAUUUCAUCGAUUUAUUUUCUGGCCAUAAACUUGUUACAAUGGUCAAGGUAUUGUGCAAACUAUGUGUACCUGUUCUGGUAGUAUUUAUCACGGCAAAUCUGGCCUCGGAAAUUCCUUCAUUGAAUCAAGUGGCGGGUGCUUCACAGAUAGGAGAGAUGUUCGACGCCAUAUUGAAAGCUAAGCCUCUUUGCGAAGAAUGGGAGACUAUAGAACUGACCAAAGACGAUCUAGAUCUCGGAAGCUUACCCAAAGGAAAAUUAAUAAUUAAUACUGGAAAUUUGAAAGGCCACGAGGUUGUACCAGGCGAAGUUUAUCAUUUUGACCAGUCAAAAUUGACUGGCCGCGUCUGCAUUUGCCAUAUACCGGAAUUACCCUGUAUUCCACUUUGCUGCCCGUCAUACCAGGUGGCUUCUAUUAAUAGUGAUGGCAAACUCAACUGUGUCAACAAAACUGAAGAUAAACAUUUACUGGAAGAUUUCGCCAAGCACCUCCAGCAGACUUCACUGCUGAAAGAGAACCAAUUUACGGUGGUUCACCACAACGGACUGAAAACGCUUACUGAGUGUUCGAAAGUGUUGCCGAAUGCCAAAGGCUAUUCCUACAGAAGAGGCAAUGAGACACGCAUCGACCCUGUGGAUGGUAACUUAACAACAGGUGACAAACAGGUGUUCCGCAAUGAAGACUAUUGCUAUCUGGCCGACAAGCAGAACAAAGAGACCAAGUUUGUGCCCGUCUACUGCCAGAAAUCUUCGGCCGUUUUCCAAGCUGCGCCAUCUGCCAUGUCCAUCAUUUUCUUCAGUUUCGCGUCCAUGUUGGUUCUCUAUCUAGCGGUUCCAUAAGACACAAAUCCAGUUUACAAUUUUCGAUAUAAGAUUCCAAUUCGAUCAACUGGUUCUCUAUCUACAGUAGCUGUUCCAUAAGACACGAAUCCAGUUUUCAAUUUUCUGAUAAAAAUAUUCUAAUUCAAUCAACUGGUUCUCUAUAUCUAGCUGUUUAAUGAGACACGAAUCCAGUUUUCAAUUUUCCGAUAAAAAGAUUCUAAUUCAAUCAACUGGUUCUCUAUCUAGCUGUUUAUGAGACACGAAUCCAAUUUACAAUUUUCUGAUAAAAAGUUUCUAAUUCAAUCUAGCUGUUCAAUGAUAAACGAAUCCAGUUUUCAAUUUUCGAUAAAAAGAUUCUAAUUCGAUCAACUGGUUCUCUAUAUCUAGCUGUUCAAUGAGACACGAAUCCAGUUUUCAAUUUUCUGAUAAAAAGAUUCUAAUUCAAUCAACUGGUUCUCUAUCUACAGUAGCUGUUCCAUAAGACACGAAUCCAGUUUUCAAUUUUCAGAUAAAAAGAUUCUAAUUUGAUCAACUGGUUCUCUAUCUCUAGCUGUUCCAUAAGACAUGAAUCCAGUUUUCAAUUUUCCGAUAAAAAGAUUCUAAUUCGAUCAACUGGUUCUCUAUCUACAGUAGCUGUUCCAUAAGACACGAAUCCAGUUUUCAAUUUUCUGAUAAAAAGAUUCUAAUUCAAUCAACUGGUUCCCUAUCUAGCUGUUUAAUGAGACAGGAAUCCAGUUUUCAAUUUUCCGAUGAAAAGAUUCUAAUUCAAUCAACUGGUUCUCUAUCUAGCUGUUUAAUGAGACACGAAUCCAAUUUACAAUUUUCUGAUAAAAAGUUUCUAAUUCAAUCUAUCUGUUCAAUGAUAAAUGAAUCCAGUUUUCAAUUUUCCGAUAAAAAGAUUCUAAUUCGAUCAACUGGUUUCCUAUCUAGCUGUUCAUGAAACACGAAUCCAGCUUUCAAUUUUCUGAUAAAAAGAUUCCAAUUCAAUCAACUGGUUCUCUAUCUACUGUAGCUGUUCCAUAAGUCACGAAUCCAGUUUUCAAUUUUCAGAUAAAAAGAUUCAAAUUUGAUCAACUGGUUCUCUAUCUACAGUAGACUAGCUGUUCCAUAAGACAUGAAUCCAGUUUUCAAUUUUCCGAUAAAAAGAUUCUAAUUCGAUCAACUGGUUCUCUAUCUACAGUAUCUGUUCCAUAGGACACGAAUCCAGUUUUCAAUUUUCUGAUAAAAAUAUUAUAUUUUCUGUACAAAUUUACUUCUGACUUGAAGGAAUAUGCAGCGCAGAGAAAUGGAGGGAGAUCAGCCAAUUACAGUGAUUAAUAGAGUUAUAGGUAGAAGCGUAGUUGCCAAUUUGUCAAUAGUCUGUCUGCUCAACUAGAUGUUGGACAACGCUGGCCGCUUCAAAACGGCAACAUCGCGCCUCUGUAUCCCUCCCGCUGUAAGCUUUCUCUGCUGCGCAUGUCCAUCCCAAGUAAGAAGUAAUUCUGCACAGAGUAAAAUUCCAUCAACUUCCAUGCUUGUUCUCUAACUAGCUGUUCCAUGAGACACAAAUUCGGUUUUCAAUUUUCUGAUAAAGAGAUUCUAAUUCAAUUAUACCUUCCAUGCUGAUUCUCUAUUUAGAUGUUCAAUGAUAAAUGAAUUUGGUUUUCAAUUCUCCGACGGAAAAAUUCUGAUUCAAUUAUACCUUCCAUCCUGGUUCUCUAUUUAGCUGUUCCAUGAUAAACAAAAUCUAUUUUCUGAUAGGAAGAUUCUAAUUCAAUAGCCUUCCAUACUGGUUAUUCACUUAUUCAUUUCACUUAAUGAUGAAAAAUACAGACAGACAGACAGACAUACAUAGUGGAAGGAAGGAGCAACAUUCAUAGCCCUCACUAUUUCUAACAUGAUUUGUUUAUAUCAUAACACAGGUAGACCCACGCAGUUACUAUAUAACCAGGUUAUAUGGCCCAUGACCAGUAAAUUAAUAUUGGUUUUAUAGGUAGUUACUGUAGGUAGGCCUAAUCUUUCUAGUAUUAGCAGUUGGAAUUUUCACAUGUUUAUUAACUUUUAAGCUUGCUUUUAAUAAUAUAUUAAGUUAAUAACAUGUUUAUUGUAAUUUAUUUGAUAUGUACUAUCUACAAUAAUAUUAUUAUUUUUAUUAUUGAUAUGCAAUAUCAGAUUUUAUAAAAUUUAGAUUUUCGUUUAAUAUAUAACAAUUAUCAAAAUAUGAUUAAUAGAAUUUAGUUGAAGUCAUAGAUAUGUUUCUAAUAAAAUAGUUGACAGUACUUGUUUUGAGAGUAUUUUAAAAUUAUUUUUUCUAUGAAUAUUGAACCUCUACUAAAUAAUUACCAAUUCAACAUUUGAGAUAAACAUAAAAACAGUGACGUGGCUGAAGAAUAACCCAUUCUACACCAUGAGUGAAUACGUGCAUUUCUAUGCACACAAGGACAACAUAGCCUGACCUGCCAUCUUAAGGUGCGUACAGAUAUACGCGCCGUGAACAUGAGCAAUUCACUUUUAAUCAGCUGAUUAUAUCUAUAUUUUUACAGAAACGGUAAGAUACAGAUCUAAAAAGCUUGGCAUCAGCUGAUUAAAAGUGAUAAUACCUGGUCUGGUAAAGUGAUCCCCUCUUAUACCUGGUCUAUGUUAAUGACAUCGAGAGUCACGUCAAUUUCAAACUCUCUCUUUUUGCGGACGACACUACAGCUUUAAUCACCAGUAGGAACAGUGAAUGUUUGAUAAGAGAGGCUGAGAGGUGUCUUGCUGAAUUAGAUUCGUGGUUUGUUCAGAAUAGCCUUAGUUUGAACUGCAAAAAAACUAAAGUAAUUCCCUUCAGUAGAGACUAUAAAAGUUUUGGAAUAAACUUGAAUACUCAAAGUAGAGUUGAAACUUGUGAUUCCACGACAUUCUUGGGUCUGAUGGUGGAGAGUGAUUCGAAGUGGAAGCUACAUAUUUCUCAUGUCACUGGUGAAUUGAAUAGAGCCUUGUUUGCAUUAAGAGUAAUGGCUAGAGUAGGGAGUGAAAAAACUUUUCUUUUUGUAUAUCAUGCUUAUUUUCUGUCAGUUAUGAGAUAUGGAGUUAUUUUUUGGGGAAAAAGUAUAGAGAAUAAUGGAAUAUUCAUACUGCAGAAGAAAGCCAUUAGGAUAAUUUAUAAGAUUAAUACAAUGCGCUCUUGCAGACCUUAUUUUAAAGAAAAGAGAUUGCUGACGGCUCCUGCUAUUUAUAUAUUAGAUUUAGCAAUCUUCGUUUUUAAAAAUAGACGAAUGUAUGAGGAGAACCAGGUGAGUCAUCCCCAUAAUACACGAUUCAGAGGUUUUGUUUAACCACAUCACAGACUAAGCCUGCUGGAGAGUGGCCCGUUUUAUAUGGGAAUGAAAAUAUUUAAUUCAAUACCAUCUCACAUAAGAGAAAUUGAUCGCUUGAAGGAGUUCAAAAAACACUCAGGGAAUUCCUUAUUGUAUUGUGUCCGUACAGGUUAGCAGACUUCCUUGUUGAAUAGUGUUUGAUUGAUGUAUGUUAUGUGGGAUCUGUUGUGUUGAAAUAUGAGGGACGGUAGAUAUUAGAUUAAACUUUGACGUGUAAUAUACUGCGGGAUCGUUGCUUCCUUUAAUGCAGUUCAGUAAUUGUGACGAACAAGAAAAGUAAAGUAAAGUAAAGAAUUGCUCAUGUUCGCGGCGCGCAUAUCUGUACGCACCUUUAGAAGUAAAUUAAUGACGCCAUCUAUACAGUUCACUACUGGUCUUUGAUGAAGAAAAAGGAAUAAGGAAUAAGAUGAAAUUAUGUUAAAUCAAUGUAGGUUUCUGAAGAUGUGAUAUGAAAAUAAUUGUGAAUAUGUUCAGUGUCCUUCAAGAUUCUCAAUUAUUGUAAGCUGUUUUUGAUUUCAAGUUUGAAAUACAACACUUUUGAAAACCAAAAAUAAUUUGAUCAUUUCUAUUUUAAAUUGUUCAAUGAAAUGUAAACUCCAUUCAUUUGUACUUAUAUUUGCAAUUUAUUAAAAAUAUCCAGAGUAAUCAUAUUAUUUUUUAUUGAUCAAUUCUCAAUCAUUUUUCUGGUAUUUGAAUAAGAAUUUAUUCAAUCACUAAGUAUUUGGAGUGUAAUAUACUAUGUAAUGUACUAUCUAAUAUAAGUAAUGCAUAUACUAUAGAUUGAUGAAAUUCAGUCCAAAUACUUAAUGAUUGAAUAAAUUCUUAUUCAAAUACCAAAAAAAAUGAUUGAGAAUUAAUGUAUAUAGCUAACGACGGCUUCAUAGCCAAGCUUUUGAUUUUGUUUGAUGAGCUAUACAUAUUUUGUUAAAUUUUUUGUCAAUAUAUUAUUAUUCUAUUCUACUAAUGCAUAUAUAUUUAUGUCACGUGUAGUCUACUCAGAGAAUACGAUUGAGCAAACUCUUGAAAUAUUAAAUAACUUUUUUUGCUAUUAAAUACUGUAAUUAUUUAAUUUUCUCUCUGUAUUUUUCUCUAGUCUUAUAUUAAUAAUAAAUGCCUAAAAACAAAGCUUGACUUAUCUUGCUUGUGUAUUAUAUAAUUUUGUAUUUAUCAAUAAAAAAUAUCCAUCAUGGA